GGCAUGUGUACUUGCGUAGAUGCGUGAGCGCAUGGCAUGCGCCGGCAGGCAGAGAGGCGGUGCCCGCGGCAGCGCGCGGACGAUGGCGCGCUGGCUGUGGGCAACUACGCUCCUCGCAGUUCUCGUCGUGCACGCGGCCGCGUGGAGGCCCCCGUCGCAGCCCCUGCUCGUGCCCAUCGCGCGCUCUCGCGUUCCCCGCCACGCGCGCAACCAGAUCCGCCACUUGCACAUCCUAGGAUGGCACUUAGAACUGCAAGAAAACCGCGCGAUACGCUCCCCCUACUACAACGAGUGUCAGUUCUACAAGGGGCGUGUGCUUUACGAAGAAUCCUCAACAGUGACGGUGACGGAAUGCGAAGGACAGCUGUAUGGAUUACUUCAAGUCGGCGGAGAAGAUUUCGUCCUUCAACCGACGAGGCCGGACGACGGCCACGUGUUGAGGAGACGUGAUGUGCUGCAGACGGAACAACCGGUAGCGUACAACCUUACCGGGGACAUGGUAAAUGACUUUGACAUUGACUUCGAAGAAGAUGAGGUGAUGCCAGCGAUGCACGUGCGCCCGCGCAAUAGUGAACAUUCAGACAUCGACUACCACAGAAAUGGGCUCCGGACAUAUACGAGACCAGUUUCAGGCGCGAAAGGAUUAUGGCUCGAGUUAGCCAUAGUUGCAGAUCAUACAAUGCUGAAGUUCCACGGACAGGAGCGAGUGAAACAUUACAUCCUAGCUAUCAUGAACAUCGUCAGUGCCAUCUUCAACGACCAGUCUCUGGGUUCGAACAUGACGCUCGUCAUCAACAAACUGUUCAUGUACGAGGAGAAGGAUCCUGUUAUAAAGUACGGGAAUGUGAAGAAAUCGUUGGAAGCCGUGAACAAAUGGAACUACCGGCACCUCAUGAAACUACCAACAGACAGUACCGGUUGGGACGCAACAGUGUGGCUGACGCGGGCCCCGCUCGGAGGCCCGUCGGGCUUCGCCCCGGUCGGCGGCGUCUGCACCCGGACGCGCUCCGCCGCCAUUGACAGAGACGAAGGCCUGACCAGCGCAUUUGUCAUCGCUCAUGAGUUGGCGCAUUUGUUAGGGCUCACUCACGACGGGGAAGGGCAGUGCGAAGCAGAAGGUCUCAGAGGUUCAGUAAUGGCGCCCACAGUUCUCGCAACGCUUCACAACUUCGCCUGGUCUUCGUGCUCCAAGAAACAGUUCCAUGAGAAGUCAAAGAAAUGGUGGUGCCUUCACGAGAGGAGCCGAGACGAGGGUGUGGAGCUAGGGGGCGCUAAGGAGCUCUCUAACUAUGUAUUCACUAUGGAUGAGCAGUGCCGCACUGAAUUCGGCGAGGGGUUCUCGGUAUGCAAGUCAGUGAAAGUGAAGUCGUCCUGUGCUCGGCUGUGGUGCGCUCACCGCUCCAUGCCUCACGUCUGCCGAUCAAAACGAGCUCCACCUCUUGAAGGAACACCAUGUGGAGUCAAUCAAUGGUGCGUCGACCGCAUCUGCGAGCCAAUGCCUGGACACGUUGUGGACAAUAAGCUGGAUAAACAAGCGCCGUCUAAGCCUGAAUGGAGCGAGUGGAGUGCUUGGAGCAAAUGUAACGCUGACUGCGGUUACGGCCUCAGUUCACGUAUUCGUCGCUGCCGGCAUAAAGGAUCUACGCGUACAUCGGAAACAGCGUGCGAAGGCGCCGGGUCGCAGGUCGCCACGUGUUGGUCAGGAAACGCGUGUGCCACAAUUAGAGACAUGCGGGCGGACGUGUGCUUCCGACAGGCCAGCCAUCUCAUCCCUUACUUACACCCUGAAGAAUCCAAACACUGUGAAAUAUGGUGCGUGGACUACGCAGGCGGAGAACCUUCUGGUUUUGGGCCCCUACCGGAUGGAACUUCCUGUAGCUAUGAACGGCCUUUUGAUCUCUGCUACCAGGGCACAUGUGUACAAGGCCAGUGCAAUGGCAGCGACCCCGCCUGCAACUGGUGUCCAGAUGGAUACUGCAACAACAACACGCAUUUCCAUACCAGGCAACUAGGCAAAGGUUGGACCCGGUUAACUGUAAUUCCUCACGAAGCAAACCAGCUGUCGGUACACAUCGGGACACCCGUAGCACUCAACAUAGCCAUCCGUGAACGCCGACGGGACCGACCGAUCCUUGAACUGAUCAAACACUCCAAGCGCUUCGAACUAGACCACAAGCAGGACAACUAUCUGAAAUACGACCCAAAUGUACCGCAAAACCUACAGAUCAUCGAAGUUGAUAGCAACGUGAUUGAUAUAAAGGAAGGGGAUCACUUCGGGUGGGAGGGGGAAGUGAUAGCGGCGGGCACUCUGCUUAGUUGGAAACAGACAGACACCGAUGUGUUUAUAACAUCUACGUCUAGACUACACAGCGAUUUGAUGAUUAUGGCUGUCCCUGAACGCUCAAUACCGCCCGACGAGACGGCAGCGGUCGAAGUAUCGGUCAACUACACGACGCCCGCCGGCCGCACCAGACCUAUGGAAUACAGGUGGUCGAGUGAGCGCGGACCAUGCUCGGUGUCGUGCGGCGGCGGCAUCCGCGCGAUUCGCCCGCGCUGCCCGCGCGGCCAGUAUUGCGGACCGCCCCGCUACGAGCGAUGCAAUACCUACAGUUGCAAUUUCGCUUGGGCGACCGGCGAGUGGGAGGAGUGCAGCGCCACCUGCGGGGAGAAGGGUGUGCAGGAGAGACAGCUGUUCUGUGUUCCAGCUAACAUCAGCUUAACUACACGAAGGGAAAUGAUAAGGCGGAGUGUCUCGCCAGCACUCUGCCCGCCCUCUGAACCAGAGAAGAAGCAGCCCUGCAACCGAAUAUCGUGUCCAGUUUACUGGCAAGAGAUGCCUUGGACUCAGUGUUCAACAACUUGCGGUCGAGGGGUAUCCUAUCGGCCUCUAGUUUGUCCGGCAUCCAACGAGGCCCUCUGCGGCACCAAGCCUCGAGAACGCCGGCGCCGCUGCCGUCUCCGUCGAUGCCCUUACCGACCACGUGCCGACUGUCCUGCAACCGAUGCCACCCAAUACUGCGAGUUCUUCACCAGAGAACAGCUCGAGAGGAACUGCAUCGUACCACCAUUCAAAAAGUAUUGUUGCAACGCCUGCAGAGCUGUCGGCCGCAUUGAUGGAGUAUCUUAGAACUAUUAGAGUUAUUCCCUAUUGACGACUAGUCAGUUUCUCAGCGGCUGAAAAUAUUACGAUUAGUCGACAGUGGGUUCACCCAUUUAAAUCAUAGAAGAUAACAAUCGCCGAUGAUUGAGUCACCUGGCGGCUACAUGACAGUGUCCAACGGGUGUGUUGAUUAAUUACCUGCCGUCGAAUUCGUUGUGACCUAAUAAGUAGAGGUCUUGGUUUCGAAUCGAUCGUAAUUUCUAAAUUGGCUCAGUUCUGGUCUGAUAGGUUUGACUGCGGCUGGUUAAACCGUACUGCCAAGCGAUUUAGCGUUCCAAUAGGACGCUCUGUAGGCACUGUUUAGGGGAAAUUAAAAUAUUCCUUUGGGAGUUUAAUAAGUUGCCCUUCCAAUCAGACUGUAUGGUACACUUUCUUUAGGUGGUAUCGCAGUCAAUCAUAACUUGGAUUAAAUUAAAUUAUUAUUUAUGGACGUUUGUAUCAGAUUUUUGUUGAAGCAUUUGUACCUACUAGACGUGGUGUCAACGUCUUGAAUCUGUAAUGAAACGCGCUGUAUUUUCUGCACGACUUGGUAAAAUAAAUAGCAGUAGGGAACUUAUUUGUACGUUAAAUCUGUAAUUUAUUUAUACGUAAAAUUUGUCUCUUUUAACUUAACGUUAGUCUGUAUACGGUACGUAACGAAUUGGUAGCCGCAUAGAAUUCAACUAGGUAAAAAUAUGAAAAAGUACCAAAUCUUGGAAUUCAUGUAACUUUAAAAGUAGAUAUUUUCACGGAAAUCUGGAAAACCACAGACAUAGAUAUGUUAGUUUUUUGAACGUGUUUACAUUUCAUUAUCUUUAAUUGGUUAGUUAUAGUAUUCAAAUAGAAACCAAACUACGUUUAAGUAUAAAGCGAGUUGAGGAGAGCAAGGGAAAGUUCCCUCAAAUUAAUAUUUUAAAUACUUCCGCAUCAGUGCCAGAGGCUCUAGAUUAACUUUUCAACUAGCUAACGUUAAUUUAUCACGUCGGACUCGAAAACUUACACUGUUUUCAAGUUAGCAAUUGAAGUUCUAAUAAAAAAAAAGGAUUGAAGCAUUAAAUAAAAUAUAAGUAUAGGUAGGACUUACUAGGAACAAAAUCUACAAAUAUUUGUAAGAUGUGAUGUUGUUUAACAAUAAAUAAGUGUUUUGUAUCCAUCAGUAUUCUGAUUUCUGUUAUAGUUGUCUAUUUUAUCAAUAUUUAUGUAGGCAAUCUUAGGUUGAAAUCUAUAGUGCGCACUUUAACUUUUCUUUGACUUAAGUUUCAGUUAAAACGAGAUAUAUUCAUGCCAGCGGUAUAACGCUGUCUCGUUUUAACUGUGUUUUAUGUCUGUGCAAAGUCUAAGUGCGCUCUAUAGCUCAGCCUUAGUGUUUAAGGUAUUUUACAUUGGUCGUAACGAAGUGCCAUAAUGUAAUUGUACACACUUCAACUUUUAAAAUAAAUGUAAUAUUUCUAUGA